GCUUGAGUCCUGGACAGUCGUGGAGAAGUCUGCUGCUCUUUCAUUUUCAUCAUGGCUGCUGUUCAAACCGAGGUUUCCCUGUGCCCAACUUGGCAGAGGCCCUUGUAUAUCUAUGGGGGGCUGGCAUGCAACUCACUGAUGGCUGACUACUGGUCGGACAGGACUCCUCUCCAUGAGGCCGCCUACCAGGGCAGACUGCUCCACCUCCGAAGCCUCAUUGCUCAGGGCUUCCACGUGGACACACUCUCCAUGGACAGAGUCUCUCCCCUGCAUGAAGCUUGUCUCGGUGGACAUUAUGCGUGUGCCAAAUUCCUGGUGGACAAAGGUGCAAAUGUGAACACAGUAUCCACAGAUGGCGCCACCCCUCUCUUCAACUCCUGCAGCAGCGGGAGUGCUGCCUGUGUCAGGCUCAUCCUGCAGCACAGUGCCCUCAUCAGCACCACCUAUCAGCUGGCAUCGCCCAUACACGAGGCCGCGAAGAGAGGCCACAGAGAGUGUCUGGAGCUGCUGCUGAGCUACGGGGCACAUGUUGACCUGGAGCUGCCAGUAGUGGGGACUCCGCUGUAUGCUGCCUGCACAGCUGGAGCCGCUGUCUCUGUGGAGGUGCUGCUUCACACAGGAGCAGACGUUCAAAUGGGGUGUGGACAGGACAGUCCGUUACAUGCUGCAGUUCGAGGCGGAGGAGCCGACGUCGUGGACCUUCUGUUGGACUUUGGAGCUGACGCGUGUUGUAGGAACCAGGAGGGCAAAACUCCUCUGGACCUGUCAGCACCAAACAGCACAGUGAGAACCACACUACAGAAAAGAGGUCCGUGCACUCUGUAUCAGCUGUGUCGGUUCAGUAUUCGCAGAAGUCUGGGAAGGAGUCGACUGCACAGAACAUCCAGCCUGUUCCUUCCUCACAGUAUCCAUGACUUCCUCCUCUACCAAUAAAACAUCUCCACGAUGCUUGAGGAGUGGGCAAAGACAUUCACAUUUAGAGAAUUAUAGCUUUUUCCAUCCCAUGUCUUUUAUCAAGCGGCACAUUGGUGCAGUGGUUCGAACUGUCGCCUAA